AUGGCGGACUCGGUGACCUUCACAGCGCCCUUGUCCAAGGCUUUUGGAUAUGGAAUCAUCCUUGGACUUGGCUUUGCCUUUGCCUUGUUGAUGAUUUUCAUUACUUGGGCUUUGAAACGCUACCAACAUGAAGUCCAGACAUCAGAAAUGUUCUCCACUGCCGGCCGGUCUGUUAAGUCUGGACUCGUUGCUGCUGCUGUGGUUAGUAGUUGGACAUGGGCUGCUACCCUUCUCCAGUCCUCUGCAGUGGCAUAUCAAUACGGUGUUUCGGGUCCUUUCUUCUAUGCAUCGGGUGCCACCGUCCAGAUCCUUCUCUUCGCAACAAUCGCAAUUGAACUAAAACGCCGAGCUCCAAACGCCCACACUUUCCUAGAAGUCAUCCGUGCCCGCUAUGGAACCAUUGUCCACUGCGUAUUCAUCGUCUUCUGCCUAAUGACCAAUAUCCUCGUCACAGCAAUGCUGCUCACCGGUGGAGCAGCCGUGAUGACCUCCCUAACCGGCGUACCCACCGCAGCAGCCUGUUUUCUGCUCCCAAUCGGUGUGGUCUUAUACACCCUGUUCGGCGGUAUCAAAGCCACCUUCAUCACGGAUUACAUGCACACAGUAGUAAUCCUCGUGGUAAUCUUGCUAUUCGCCUUCUCCGCCUACGCCACCAACGCCGAACUCGGCUCCCCAUCCAAGGUGUAUGACGCCCUAGUCGCAGCUUCAAAGCGCCACCCCGUUGAGGGCAAUGCAGAAGGCAGCUACCUAACUAUGCGCUCGAAGGAGGGUGGCAUUUUCUGGAUCAUCAACCUAGUCGGAAACUUCGGCACCGUCUUCCUCGACAAUGGCUACUACAACAAAGCCAUCGCCGCAAGCCCCGUGCACGCUUUCCCCGGCUACGUGAUCGGUGGUCUCUGCUGGUUUGCCAUUCCCUGGCUUUGCGCCAGCACAAUGGGAAUCGCCGCAUUGGCACUGGAGGGGACUCAGCGCAUGAGCGCUAACGAUGUCACCGCCGGACUGGUUCUCCCCUUUGCAGCGGUCAAGCUCCUGGGUUAUAGCGGUGCUGUUGCCACGACACUGAUGAUCUUCAUGGCUGUGACAUCUGCCUUCUCGGCACAGCUGAUUGCCGUUUCCUCGAUCUUCACCUACGAUAUCUACCAGGCCUAUAUCGACCCCUCUGCUAAGGGUAAGAGACUCGUUUGGAUCUCGCACAUGUCCUGUAUCGUCUACUCAAUUAUUAUGGCUGGCUUUGCUACGGGUCUCUACUACGCCGGCAUUGGCAUGGGAUACCUAUACCUACUCAUGGGCGUGAUCAUCUCCUCAGCCGUCUUCCCCGGAGCAAUGACCCUCCUCUGGAAGGGUCAGAACCACAUCGCAGCAGCUGUCUCACCACCCCUCGGUCUGGCAGUAUCCCUAAUCGCCUGGCUAGUAACAGCAAAGAAGGAGUCCGGCAUCCUAACCGUCGACACGACGGGCGCCAACUACCCAAUGCUAGCAGGCAACGUCGCGGCCCUGUUGAGCCCAGUCAUCUUCAGCCCAAUCCUAACCUACACAUUCGGCCCCCAAAACUAUGACUACGAAUCCAUGCGCCAGAUCCGCAAAGUAGACGACUCAGAAGUCGCCGCGGCAGCGCACAUCGACCUGGAACUCGUCCCCGGUGAAACAAACCAAACGCAGACCCAGAGCGAAGAAGAAAACCGCAAACUCAACCGCUCGGCACUCUACGCGCGCACGCUGACCAUCUUCAUGGCAUUGGCAUUGCUGAUCCUCUGGCCGAUCCCGAUGUACGGGUCUUCGUACGUGUUCAGUCGGAAGUUCUUUACCGGGUGGGUUGUUGUUGGUAUUAUUUGGUUGUUCUUCACCUUGUUUGGGGUUGUUAUAUUCCCGCUUUAUGAAGGGCGUGAGAGUAUUUGGAGGGUUGCGAGUAUGAUGGCGCUUGAUGCUGUUGGGAGGAAGCCGACUGUUUAUCGCGGUACUAAGGCUGGUGGGACUGGGGCUGGGGAGGCUACGCCUUCUGGAGUGCAGACUCCUGAUGCUGUUACGGAGAAAGGGGAGAAGGUUAAGGGAGACGAGGUGUGA